AUGUCCUGGAAACUCUUCUGGAGGCAAUUUGCCGCCCUCGUGUGGAAGAACUGGAUCGUGCUUUCAAAGCAUCCUUGGCUUAACGUCCUUCGAUGCGUGCUUCUUCCCAUUGGAUAUGGCAUCUUUCUUGCAGUGGCACAGCUGUUCCUCGUAAAACCCAACAACUACGGACUAGGCACGGCGAUUGCUGUCCCAAGUCUCAUAGACGAAUAUGAUGGCUCGAUGGCACUCGUCUGGGCCGACGGAACAGAUGGAACAGGGUCACCAUCUGCGGACGACAUCAUGUCACACAUCACCAGCGGAUUCAAUCAGAAGCAGCUCGGAAGCAUACAGAAAGUGAUUCCCGGUGACAUCCCUGCGACAUGUCCGGAGAACUUCAACGGAUUUUCAGAAUGCUAUGCUGCAGUAGUAUUUAACUCGUUGCCAGACAUGACCAGCGAACAAGGUGCGCCGCAGCCCAUCAACUACACCCUGCGAGCGGACGGUGGACUGUACUACAUAAAUGUCGCCCAACAUACAAGCAGCUAUGAAGAGCGUGUCUUGCCACUACAAUGGGCUGUCGACAAUGCGAUCAUUGAGCUCAUUACCGGUGUACAGCCCGUAACCCCGCUUGAAUGGCCAUUCACGCAGGAAACUAAUACAGAGCAAUCCACGACCAUUCGUCUCAGCUACAUUCGAGGCCUCCGUACUCUACUUGUUCUUGCGCUUUUCAUAUGUUAUGUUGGUAUAUCAUACCAGCUGCCGGGUUCAUUCAUGGGCGAGCGCGCUAACCUCCUGACGAGUCAUCUGAAAGCCAUGGGUUUGAUGGAUUCUGCUCGCAUCAUCUCGUGGCAUGUCAGUAUCUCGUUGGUCUACCUACCUGCUUGGAUUAUCGUUGCUCUCAUUUGGCACUACCGUAUUUUUACAGCAACCAAUGCAGGUUUGGUACUCGUGGUACAUCUAUUGCUUGGUCUUACGCUCGCUAGCUGGUCGUUCUUUGUUGGAGCAUCGUUCGGCAAGAGCCCCCAACUUGCAGCAAUUGCAUCGACAGUCUUUGCAAUCGUAUUUGCUAUCCUUGCUCUGGUAGAUUCGCGCGCAACAACUGGAAAGGCAUUCUUCUUCACGCUCUUUUUCCCUCCGGGAUUCUAUAUCUUUGCCAUUCGCGCCAUGUGCGGAUUCGAGGUGCAUCUGCUCGCAACGAACGUUAUCCGCCCAGAUCCUGACAACCACCUCACACUCCUUCCGCUCAUCAUCGCGGCCAUCAUCGAUAUCUUCCUCUGGCCCUAUAUGGGCGUGCUCCUAGAAAGGCUGCUAUAUGAUGCCCACAAUCAUUCAGAUAGUUCUUGGAGAUUCUGGCGGAGAAGCAAGACUUCGGUGGACGAGAGCGCAUCCUCUAUUCCUGAAGGGAUGGCUAUCUCAAUUCGGAACCUCGGAAAGGACUUUAGAACUUCCUUGUUCAAAAGUGACAAAGGGCUGGUCACUGCUGUCGCCGAUCUUAGCCUUGACAUUCCCAAGACUGGCAUUUAUGUGCUACUCGGGUCCAACGGUGCUGGCAAGUCCACGACCAUGUCAGUCCUUGCCGGUCUGCUGGGCCGUACUCGCGGGUCGGUGCUCUUUGAGGGUGGCGUUGAGCGUCCACCUCUAGGAACAAUUGGUCUCGUCCCGCAGAAGAAUGUGUUGUUCCCAGAGCUGACAUGCUACCAGACGCUCCGUGUCUGGAAGGCGAUCAAGCCACUUACAGAUUCUCCCGAGGAUGAGGACAUCGAACAGCUUCUGCGGGACUGCGAUCUAGGCAAGAAGAUUCACUACAACGCCGAUGCACUUAGCGGCGGUCAGAAACGGAAGUUACAAUUGGCUAUCGGGUUGGUUGGGGGAUCCAAGAUAUUAUUGGUCGAUGAGUGCACUUCGGGUGUCGACCCACUUUCUCGCCGUGCGCUUUGGAGAACGCUGACCUCAGUACGACACGAUCGGACUAUCGUCUUUACAACACAUUUCCUUGACGAGGCCGAUCUCCUCGCAGAUACUAUUGCCGUCCUUGCAGCCCCAGGUAAACUUGUCGCACAAGGGACACCCGUUGCGCUCAAAUCCCAACUGGGUGAGGGUUAUACUGUGCAGGUAGUACACCAAACUGUGGAGCCCGAGGAGAAACCGCCUACUGAAUUGCUCGAACGCAUACAUUCGCUGGCCCCCUCGACCUACAUAACAUCUUCCACUCCGGGCGUGAUAUCUUAUCAUCUCAAGUCCAAGGAGUCCGCGACUGUGCACAAGGUGCUGGAGCAAAUUGAGUUGGACCGCGAAGCUGGUCGCGUCGCUUCAUACUCAGUUUUGAGUACCUCGAUCGAAGACAUCUUCCUUGAGCUCAUGCACAGCAACAACGAUGAUAUUCCGGAGAAAGCUGAGAAGAUUGAACACAAUAGCGAUGCAGGCUCUGAUACUGCGGAACACAAGGAAGCGGAGCAGACAGUCAAGACACCAGACAUUCCAUUGCUACCUGUGCUUUCUCGAGGUCAAGCCGCAGUGCUGGAACUGACCACCGGUCGUCGAAGGUCGCCGCUAGGCCAGGCAUUCACCAUCUUCCACAAACGUGCUCUCAUCGCGCGCCGAAGUUGGCUGACACCGUUGCUUGUAAUAAUCAUCGCAGUAGCAGGAUCCUGUGUCCCGCUGUUUUUCAUCUCUGGCCGGCCGUACCAGAGCUGCGUUCAGACUUUCCGAAACACGACCAGCGUCCCGAUAUACCUUCCAAUGUCGCCUGUGACCCUCGCUGGCGCUUCCGAGACCGUCUUUGGUGAACAAGUGCUAGCCUCUCCUCCAGGGAUCCUAUCGAGCCUCGGGCCGACCAUGGAAAUGGUUCCAGUCGACAACAUCGCAAACAACGCCACGUUUAUCGAUACGGUCAAUCAGAACUAUCUCAACUUGACCUUGGGCGGUGUAUCGGUUGAUUUCGACACUGGCGCAUCGCUCAUAGCAUGGGAGGCUACUCCUCCGGGAUUGACCGGACUCGUCAUGCUGAACCUGGCAUCGAACCUGCUGUACAACCACGCACUCAACCAGAGCGGGAAGGGUGCUGGCAUACCACAGAUCAUCGGGGCGAACUACCAGGAUUUCCCUGGGUUCAACGCGGGAACGUUGGUGGCGCUGAAGUGGGUGGCAUUCUACGGCGCGGCCAUGGCGGUCUUCCCCGCAUUCUUCUCGCUCUACGUAUCGAAAGAGCGCCGCUCUGCCGUGCAAGCUAUGCAGCUGUCAAACGGGCUGGCGAAUCCUGCCGGCCUCUGGCUGGGUCAUCUCAUGUUUGAUACGGUGUUCUCUGUCAUCGUGGCAAGCCUCAUCAUCAUCAUCUUUGCCGCUGGUUCGAACCAGUUCACAGGGCUAGGAUUCUUCUGGGUAGUUCUAGUCCUGUACGGGAUUGUUGGCGCGUUGUUCUCGUAUUGCGUGUCGCUUGCUGUCACUUCUCCAUUGGCCGCAUUCGCGAUUUCUGCAGGGUACCAAGUUGUGAUGUACAUUCUCUAUUUGGCCGCUUUCCUCCUUACCCUUACAUAUGCGAAGACUGCGGCGGACAACAGGGAUUUGGCACUGAUUCACUUUACUAUGUCAGUUGCAUCCCCUGUAGCUAGCGCGUUGCAAGCAUCGUUUGUCUCUGUCAACCUGUUCUCUCUGCUUUGUGAUGGUGACAACCCAGCCACUACUUCUUCCAUGGGCCAGUUGUCUCGUUAUGGAGGACCCAUCUUGUACCUGAUUGUCUACGCGUUCGUCCUGUUCGGCAUCCUUGUCUGGGUCGACUCCGGAUCACUGCUUCCUCGACGGAUGACCAAGCAUAAGCGUACGCCUCCUACCUCUGCUGGCGAUGCUUCGCUUCCUGGACGGGUAGGCCAGCAAGACGUCGACGACGAAGCGGCAGCGGUCGCCGAGUCAGAUGAUGCCCUUCGUGUGCUUAAUGUUGUCAAGGCUUUUGGCCACUCCGAGAACAGGGUGGUGAACAACGUCAGUUUUGGAGUCUCCAAAGAUACCAUGUUCGCGCUGCUGGGUCCGAACGGUGCCGGUAAAACGACUACAUUCAACAUGAUUCGCGGUGAUGUGAUUCCCGACGAGGGUGACGUUCUUAUCAAUGGCAUAUCUGUCGUGAGCCACCCGAGAGCGGCCCGUCUGUCUCUGGGUGUUUGCCCCCAGUUCACUGCCAUCGACUCGGAACUUACUGUAGAGGAGCACCUGUUGAUCUAUGGACGUCUCAAAGGCCUGUACCGCGGCGAGGAGCUGGAUCGGAACGUCCAAGCUCUGAUGAAGGCCACCUCGCUGGACAUGUACGCCGAUCGUCUGGCUGUUCGGCUGUCAGGUGGGAACCAGCGCAAGCUAGCGUUGGCCAUCGCGCUCAUUGGAAACCCAUCUGUCGUCCUUAUUGACGAAUUCUCGACUGGCAUAGACGCCAAGAUGAAGCGCGAUAUGUGGAAGACUCUCAGGACUGUUGCCGUUGGGAAGGCCAUUGUGAUCACCACUCACUCCAUGGAGGAAGCAUCCGCUCUAGCCAACAAGGUCGGAAUCUUGGCAAAGAAGUUGCUCGCUGUCGGGACAACGGACUCGCUGGCCGAACGUUAUGCGACUUAUGAGGUCCAUUUCUCAUGUCGAACCAGAGAGGAGGUCAUUCGCGCGCAGGAGCUCAUGUCCCUAAUACCUGGGUCGCGCAGGGCGGACGAUGUGGCGACCCGUUUCGAGGUGCCGGUAGGGAACGGGAUGUCGCUGGCGCAGCUAUUUGGCGUGCUAUCGUCACAGGACAAUUUCACCGAAUAUACCGUAGAGAGAGCGACGCUAGAAAGUGUCUUCCUGAAAGUCAUCCGAGAAAACGACGUCCUGGAAGAGGAUACGGAGAGGAGGCGGCGUUGGUGGAGGGUCUGCUAG